AUGUCUCCUCUUCGUCGUGUGCUCAUCGCGAACCGCGGUGAAAUUGCGGUACGAUGCAUUCGCGCAUGCAAACAGCUGUCAAUCACAAGUAUCACCAUAUUUACACCCGCUGACUCGGGAUCCCUUCACGUUCGCCUCGCCGAUAGAAGCAUCUUGCUCGAGAAUGAAGGACCCGAAGCGUAUACGAACAUUGACGUCAUUCUAGAUAUAUGCAAGAAGCAUUCCGUCGAAGCCAUAUUCCCGGGAUAUGGCUUCCUAAGCGAGAAUGCUGACUUCGCAAGACGUGUCCACGAUGCCGGGAUGGUCUUUGUUGGCCCUGAUAGCGAGGCAAUUCGUAGUAUGGGCCUCAAGCAUGUGGCAAGGGAUCUAGCUGUUGCUGCAGGCGUUCCCGUCAUUCAAGGAUCGAAGUUACUCGGAAGUGCAGAGGAGGCGCGAGCCGUAUCACGAGAUGUGGGAUUUCCGAUAAUGCUCAAAGCCUCUGGCGGUGGUGGGGGUAUGGGUCAACAGGCCUGCUGGUCCGAGGACGAGAUUCCGGCGGCAUUUGCUAAUGUAGAAAGCCGCUCAAAAGCACUAUUCGGCGACUCUGGUGUCUUUAUGGAGAGAUACUACCCCAAGAGCCACCAUAUUGAGGUUCAGGUUUUUGGUAAUGGAGCUGAUGUGAUACAUUUCGGCGAGAGAGAGUGCAGCAUUCAGAGGCGCCGACAGAAGGUCAUUGAAGAAUGCCCAAGCCCCUAUUUAGUGGAUAAGCCUGAGAUACGCAACAGUCUCGUCGCCUCGGCUUUGAAACUAGCACAGUCGAUAAAAUAUCAAUCAGCCGGGACUGUAGAAUUUCUCGUCGACGAUGAAACAGGUGAUUUCUUCUUCCUAGAGAUGAAUACUCGUCUACAAGUUGAGCAUGGUGUCACGGAACUUUGUUAUGAUGUCGAUCUUGUAGCAUUGAUGCUACAGCAGGCGGAGUACCAACUCGCUGGAAAAUCCGGCAUUCCCUCCGAUGAACUUUUGGCAAUCCAGACGAAAGCUCCGAAGGGAGCGGCGAUCGAAUUGCGUGUAUGUUGUGAGAAUCCAGCCGAUUCAUUUAUGCCUAGCUCGGGUCAUGUUCAGUCAAUCGCUUGGCCUGAUAAGUUUGCCCGCAUCGAUACCUGGAUACAGUUGGGGUCUUUCGUGAGCCCCUAUUUCGACUCGUUAUUAGCAAAGGUUAUAGUUCACUCGCCUACGAGAGACGAAUCUAUUAUCGCUAUGCAGAAAGCAUUGAACGCAUCAGAGGUUGGUGGUCUGGUCACGAACUUGGCCUUUCUCAAAUCCAUCGUUCACUCGAGUGAAUUCCAUGGUGGAAAAACUCUCACGACAUUCCUAGAGACUCAAUUUACUUUUCAUCCUACGGGUAUGCAGGUCAUAAAGCCAGGGGCUUCCACCACUGUUCAGCAAGCCCAACCCCGAACGAGAAAAGGUUACGGAAUACCGAUAAGCGGGCCUGGUGACGACUUUUCAGCUCGAAUCGCAAAUCUGCUAGUGGGGAAUUCGGAGAAUGUUGAGUGUCUCGAGGUUAUCGCUCAGGGACCCGAACUCCUCUUCCAUAGCGCAAGCGUAAUAUCUGUCGCGGGCUCGCCAUUUAAGAUAGAGGUUGGCGGAAAACCAAGGGAUAUGUGGUCCAGAAUUAUCGUCAAGCCAAAAGAGACCCUCAAGAUAGGGGUAUCCACUACUCCGGGUGGCCGAUGCUACGUCGCCAUAAAUGGGGGAUUUCCAGGAUUGCCAGAAUGGCUUGGAUCCAAGUCUACUACACCAAGUCUUGCUUUAGGAGGUCUUCAAGGUCGACAACUUCGAAGGGGCGACUUUUUCGAAUUAAAGCACCUUGAACAAUCUGACAUCCCCAGUACUUACCAGCUUCCGUCAACCCUGAUUCCGCCUAGUGAUGCGAAAAACAUCUAUGUGAUGCAUGGUCCACAUGACUCCGACGAUUUUAUCACGGCAGCUGGUCGGCAGACUAUCUAUUCCAGCGAGUGGACUGUUGACUAUAACUGCAAUCGAACUGGUAUCCGUCUGGAUGGCCCAAAGAUAGAAUGGGCACGAACACACGGAGAAGAGGGCGGUAGUCAUCCUAGUAAUGUCGUGGAUUACCCCUAUCCUUCUCCUGGUGGCGUGAACUGGACCGGUGACAGCCCUGUGAUUUUUCCGCAGGAUGCGCCCGGACUAGGUGGCUUCGUAUGCUCCUCUACAGUCGUCUCCGCGAAUAUGUGGAAGUUAGGCAAGCUCAAGCCCGGAGACAAGACGACGUUAACACCCAUAUCCUACAAACCUGCCCGAGAGCUAGCAGAGAGAAAGGCGAAGUUUCUCGGUAUUGUUCAAGAGCAUAUAUCCAACGGCACUUUGGAACACGAUAGUCCACUUUCACUUCUAGAAGUUGAGGAAGUAGCUUCAGAUACUGACGCGAUAUUGGAAGUUAUUCCUAGUAUCUCUGCUACAGGACCGAAGCUCACCUUACGUCAAGGCGGCGAUCGUUUUAUCCUCAUCAAUGUAGAUUUAACUUCUCAAAAAGUCGGUCUCGAUACCUCAGUCGCUGCAAAUAAUCUCGCGCGAGCCAUUCAAAGCAGCAACACGCCAGGGACAUACGUGCACGUGAAUAUCAACUCAAUAAACGUUGAAUAUGAGCCGGAGAUAAUCGCCCAAUCUGACGUAGUCGCCCUGAUCAAAAUAGCGCACCAGCAAAGCAGCAAUCUCGAAAAGCCAGUAUCGGCCCGUCGCUUCAUCUUACCCAUCGUAUUCGACCACCCCUCCAUUCGCGAAGCAGAGAAGCGCUACUCCACCAUGCAACGUGACAAGGCCGUUUAUACCGACGAUAACGUGACUUACGUGCAAGAGAACAAUGGCCUCGCAUCUCGCGACGACGUCUUCGACAUUCUUCGCAAGACGCGGUUCCUUGUCGUGACGGUCGGUUUCAUGACAGGCUUGCCAAUCAUGUGGCCCCUGGAUCCUCUCGCACGCCUGACUGCUCAGAAGUACAACCCCACUCGGAUCACAACACCGCCCGGUACUGUAGCUCUAGGUGGCGGGCUGUUUUGCGUAUAUCCAGCAGACCAGCCAGGCGGCUACAUGAUGCUCGCCAGGUCAAUCCCGGUGUGGGAUACGUACGCACUGCGACCAGGGUUCCGAGAAUCCAAGCCCUGGCUAUGCGAACCCUUCGACUUGAUCGAGUUCGAAGAGGUAAGCCUCGAACAGUACACGGAGAUAUUGAGACAAUUCGAGGCUGGCACGUACGAGAUAAAGGUUGAGGAAACCACUUUCGAUGUUCAUGCGGAGCUGGCAAAAGAACACGAAGCUAGCCGUCUGCCUACGACGAUAGAAUUCCGCGCCAAGCAAACUGCUGCUGGGGAGAAGAUGCGUAUUCGCGAAGAACAGCUGCUUUCGGAGUGGAAGUUGGCGCAGGAGAAGAACCGCGGAAGCGCGCCUCGAGCUCGAGAGAUAGACGAUUCGACGCCUGGGAUCAAGGUUGCAUCUCCUCAGAUAGGCAAGGUAUGGAAGCUCAAUGUCAAAUCCGGCGAUAUCAUUGAAAGUGGUAAGGCCAUAGUCAUACUAGAGGCUAUGAAAAUGGAGAUCGAGGUUCCUGCGGAUGAAUCUCAUCACGGCUUGGUGGUUAAGGAGCUUUUGGUGCAGGAAGGGACGUUAGUGUCGCCUGGGACGCAUCUUGUCCUUCUUGAUAAGCCUAAUAAGUAG